AUGGGUCACUAUGAAGACUUCUCAGCCAUCACACGUCACUCUUUACAGCAUGCACUAGCCGAGAACAGCGAGCAGUUGAGCGAUGUCAAUAUCGAAGACAUAAUGCAAGCGUACGACAGCCUCUCUACGUUCGCCGACGUGAAUCCAGCAUUAGCCCACAUAGCUACGGACCCUACUAUCCGAGCAGUGAUAUUCUCCAACGGGACUAAAACCAUGGUAUCCAAUUCGGUGUUGCAGUCCAAGGACCUUUCGCCGCACGCGAGUGUCUUCAAGGAUAUUGUCACUGUGGACGAAGUCCGGCAAUACAAACCAGCGAAGGCAAGCUACGAGCACCUCGCAAAGCAGACAGAUACAAACCCAUCACAGAUGAGCAAGCUUUGGCUAAUCAGCGGUAACCCUUUCGACAUCGUCAGGGCACGCGCAACUGGAAUGCAAGCUAUCUGGAUUGACCGUGCUGGCACUGGAUGGGCAGAUGCCGCGAUUCCAAAUCUACAGCCAACUGCCAUUGUACACAGUUUGGAGCAUAUUACGGACAAGAUUCAUGGGCAUCGGUACUAG